AUGAGCACUAUCAAUAAAGAAUCAAUUUUUAUCGGUGGAAAUGAAAAUUAUCCCGUUCAGCAAAACCUUCCUACUACACAAACCAAUGGCUAUGUCAAAAUGACUGGGGGUCACUAUAGAAACACUUAUAAGUUUGAAGUCUGCGAUCGUCUAAAAAUUCAUCCUAGUUCGAAAACCGGAUAUCCUUACAUUAUAAAGAUAUCUUUCAAGAAAGGAAUCAAAAGAUAUCUUCCUUUGAAAGCUAAUAGCUAUGUAGAUAACUUCCAUAAUCAUUCUCUUGAUGAUAAAUGUUUGGAAUUGACUCUGAAAAGCAGAUUGUUGAGAGUUGCUACUGAAUAUGCCAAUCAGAUCUCUAAGCUUGUAGAGACAAAUGCCAAAACUCGUGAGAUCCAAAGUCCCGUCCCAGAUGAAACAGAAGAUAGUCGUAAGCUGUAUAAUAGCGAUAUCAACAACAUCAGGACUGUAUUUUCUCGAGUUUCUGCCCAUGUUUCCCAGAAUGCAUUUACUAGACUUGUUAAGAUGAGAGCUCGUCGCUUCUCAGGAGUUAUGGUGGUAAAUGCUACGUACUCUACCAAAAGCUUGUCUAUGGCACUGAUUUUUGUGGAAGCAAGGCACAUAUCUUUGGUUCCUCCAUCAUCUCAAGGUGGGGACAAGGUUCCUAGCACAGUUUUUGAGACAUACAAGUGGGAUGCACUGAUGAGCGCUCUUGAAAUUGUGUUCGCGAACAACAGUAAACUGCUCUGUUACUGGCACAUGCUGAAUAGGGUGGAAAAGGCUUUGUCAGGAAAAGUCGGUUUGGGCGGAAAGUGCUCACUAAGCCUUAGAAAGAGGUUUGUAAUAGCUUCUUUGGAUUUCGCCUAUGAAACUAUUGCAAGGUAUAUCGAGAGGCUUGAAAGAGACAACCGAAAUGUGGAGAUCAGGGAAUAUAUGACGGUUGACCCUUUUGUUGGACGAAAUAAGUUUUUGGCAAUGAUGUUUGCGAAGCUGUCAAAGCGAGCAUUACUGGGAAUCAUCAAACUUGAGGCAAUAUUUCGCUCUUUUGAGGGCAGCCAGCAAGUGAUUAACCUCUUGAGUAAGAUCAAUAAGUUUACUUCUGAAUUCGAAGGCAAAACUGGGCACCCUUCUAUCAACUUUAAAGGUCCAGAAAAAAAAACAAGUAUUCUGGCAGACGAAAGGGCCGGCAUUAAGGCAAUGGUCAGAUUAAGAGCGAUAACAAGGGCAGGAAAGCCUGUAAUAAGCAAAAAUCGAUGCCACCAAAAACAAAUCAACCAAAACAACAAAAUAAAGGCCUCUUGGACAGUUGAUACCCCCAGAAAGAUGGCUUUAAAAUAUCUGAAGCUGCUCAGUACGAUUAUUAAUAUGAUGAUCGCACCUCUAUUGGCAAGAAGCACACCCGACUGUGCUCAAAUAGCUACGGGCACAUACAAACAAUUUAUCUGCGUCUACUCAGAGAACCCCAACGCCCCCUCUACAUCUUUCCUUCCAUUCACUCCCCUUAACAACAAAACAAAGCACAAAAAAAUCUCUGAUUUUUUAAUAAUGUUAACAGUAACCGCUGGGCAACAGUUUACCUUUCCCAUAAUAUCUCGAGGAAAUGGCCAACCAUUCCAGAACCAUUAUUUUUAG